CAGCCUAAGUAAUUGAACACAGCUAGUUUAACAAGAUUGGAAAGACGAAGGCACACUGACGAAUGUCUGAACAGGAAGAUUUCUUUGAAAAUGUUAUUGCUCCUAACUUCCUGUGCAUUUGAAUGCGUGGGUCACGGCGUUCAUUCGCCUUUAACGUCAACAUAAGUGCAUAUUUUUGUCUGUGUAAUGUCGUGCAUCUUCAGCAUCCGCUCUCUUGAUUAUUAGCUGUCGCAAUUAGUACAUUUUAAAUUCUUGUCUUUCAUUCGAUAAGCAGACUGUUCAAGAGUACCGAUGACUUACCUCAAAGAUGUUUAACAUACAUUUUUAACUACUGGGAAGUGGGAAAUUUGAGGGUUUUAUUGUUAUCGUCAAUAUUGGUAAAUUCACAGAACGGAUAAAACAGAUGACAUUACAGUGGACAAUUUCAAGUGCACUUUAAUACAGUUUUGAAUUGAGCAAGUUUCUUUGACGUCGAAGAUCAUGGGGUUGAAUAUUUUCAUGAACACAAAUAUAAAAUACGUCAUCGCAGUUUACUUCCCUUAUUAUUGGCCAAGACAACUUUUAUAGAUCUUGGUGAUAGUUGCCGCCCAGAUAAUUUAGCCGAAACAAGACCGUUAAUGAAUUUUACUGCUAGUCCCUACCCAAUUUUGAUCAACGCAAGCAAAGUUCACUUGAACUGUUCUGCAAAAGCCGUGCAAAAACAGGGAGCACGAGACAAAACAUACAUAUAUCGAAUUCUAUUUUACCGCGAUGGUUACAGACUAAUCCACGCUUGCAGGUAUGAAUCGUGGCGUAAAAAAAUAUGGGCGACUUGUGAUGUGCACGUGUCUGUUCUCGAAGAAUUCCCUUCAUUCAGAUGUAAAAUUGUAACCAGAUUUGAUUACUGCAAUGAAGCGAAGAUUAUUUUUGACGUCAAACCUCCUGUUGCUCCAAAAAUUACAUUGCUAGUAGCCAAUUAUGUGGAUAGAAAAAAAAUAGAAGUUACUUGCAAGACAUCUGGAUUGCCUGCACCUAACGUUUCGUGGUUUAUAAACGCUACUCGCGUGUUGUCUAACUCCAGUACUGUGGACCAAAAUACUAACGAAAAUGGGAGUCUUGGAAUAAAGGCUAUUUAUCCACAUGUGAACAUUAACACAACAAACGAUGUAUUUCAAAACAACAGCGAUACAUACAGCGUUACAUCGAAAAUUGUUGUCUCGAAUAACGAACUAGGUCUUCACGUCAAAUGUGUUUCUCAAAAUCUCCCGGGAAAAACACUCAGUCAAAAUGUCUAUUUCUACUACAUGGGCAUCCAAGCAAUGAAUAUAAACCUUGUGACUAUGAAGGUUGAUUGGUCUGUACAUCCAGACCUUUUAUAUCUCCCCAUUUCAUCAUAUAAUGUUUCUAUAACAUGUGGCGAUAAAUUCUCUAAAGCAUUUAUGGAUUUAAGACAGACCAGUGUUAACAUCAGCUAUCCCACGCCGUUCAGGACUAUCCUCACUUGCAUUGUUGACGUUCGUGGGGUUUCUUCAAAUAAAAGCGAUUUACUUGUGGGAACUUCUAGUUUUACGACACUAGAUCAAAAUCCUGCCCCCAGAAACGUAUCCCUGUUGAACAUUAGUGAUUCAUCGGUCAUUGUUCGAUGGACUGCUAUAAGAAAAUCGGAAUGGAGGUACGAUCGCCUUGCUGGUUACCGAAUAAACCUCGCUAACAGAAGUGUUCGGUUAAAUUACACAAUACCCAAUGAUGUUUUGAAGUUUUCUUUGACAAAUCUGUCGCACUCAACUAACUACGAAGUUUCAGUAACGGGAGUUGGCAAGAAUUUUGAAGGAAAAUCAAGCGGCUGGAUGAAGUUCAAAACAACUGCUCCGUUAGAACUAAAGACUCAAGACUACAUUAACACAAAGAUUCCGCAAACUGUUCAGAAAAAGAACAACUUAACAUUGACAAUUAUCGUCUCACUUGUGUGCUUAACGGCUGUGGUGAUUUUACUUCUGAUUUUAAUUCAAUGGUUUCGAAAUGACAAAUAUUGCUUUGCUGCUUUUUCGAAGAAGACUACAUCUAAUGAGAUGGAUUCCAAUAAUGCUAUGAUAAAUCUUCGAAUUCUUUUUCCGGAAUAUUUUGGCAGUGACAUGACCAGCGAUUUGGAAGACGCAUCAGAAUGGGAGAUAGAUCGGAGUCAGUUGGCCAUAUUUGAUCAUGUCCUUGGCGGUGGAUAUUUUGGUUUGGUGAGAGAAGGUUUGCUAAUGAAGACAUCUUUUGAUGAAUUUGAGAGAGAAAUUCGUGUUGCUGUGAAAACUCUCAGAGCCAAUCGUGGCCAAAGCGACUGGUUUGAGUUGAUUCGAGAAUUUGAAAUUCUCCAAUACGUGAACACCAUUGGUCAUGAAAACGUCAUCAAACUCCAUGGUGCAUGUACACAAGAAGUGCCCAUCUUGUUGGUUAUGGAGUUUUGCUGUCGAGGAAAUUUAAAGGAAUUUUUGAAAGAAAAUAGAAUCAACCGUGAAGAACAUGAAAGUUAUGAGAACAUUUAUUCAAGGCUUACUGAAAAGCAGCUGAUUAACUUCGCUUCAAAGAUUGCUAAAGGAUUGAUGUUUUUGAACGAGCAAAAGAUUGUACAUCGAGACAUUGCCUGCCGUAACAUUCUCUUGACGGAACAACUUGUUCCAAAAAUUGCAGAUUUUGGACUCGCAAGAAAAAUUGAUGUUACACGUCACUAUAUUGUUAACAAAAAUAAAAUGCUUCCUGUGAAAUGGAUGUCUCUAGAAUCUUUGCUUGAAGGGCGAUUUACAUCUGCGUCCGAUACGUGGUCGUAUGGGGUAUUGUUAUGGGAAAUUUGUACUCUUGGUAAAGAACCUUAUGAGGACACGUCGCCUUACGAUAUGUUUGAUUACCUGACUAAAGGAAAUAGAAUGACGCGUCCCUCACAUUGCAGCGAAGAAAUAUAUUUGUUGAUGAGUCAAUGCUGGCAACAAGAUGAAAAGAAAAGGCCGAGUUUCUCAGAUAUUCAUUUGUCAUUGGAGGAUAUGCUCGUCGAAAAAGAGAAACACUAUAUCAACGUUCGUCUCCAUAACGAAGUUGAUGAAAUAACGUCUUCAGCAAUCGAAAACCAUACGGAAGAAGACUCCUCGAGUUCUGGGAUCUCAUUAACAGCAUCAAUGGAUAAUGACAGCGGAUUGGAUUUGAUUGAAAGUGGAGUAAACGAAACUGCUUUUUAGAAGUCCCAGAUUCGGUUUUAUGCAAAAUAAAUUACUUGAAAUUCUGUUUUUUGUAAUGUUGCAUUCUCCGUUGACUGAUCAUCGCCAGAAAAAAAGUUUCCAGGCUAAAAAUGUUCUUAGCCUGGUUAUUAUCAUGCAUGCAGUCUUUUCUGUGAUAUAAAUUUCCAUAAUGUACCUAUAUAGUGUCAAACAGGAUUAUGUUUAGGAUUUGAGAUUAAUUUCUGGACUACAAAUCUCAGUUGUUAAAUUUUGGGUUUAUGAUACAGUAGCUACUUACAGUUGAUGUCUAAGAUGACAAAAAAGAAGACAAGCAACACUGAAAGUUCAAGCUCAAUAUUCUCAUUAACUCGGUUCUUAUAAACAAAGAGUGUAGUUCGUUUAUUGUAGCGUUAAUAAAAAUUAAUGAUUCAUGCAAACUAUCUAAAAAUAUAUGUUAUUGAAAAUAUAUCUUAACUAACGAUUUUUACUAUCCAUAAAGGAAUAAUCUAUCUCUAGUGUCAUUUUAUUGAUAAAAUAAAAUACGUUAUCAACAAUGUAA